AUGUUGACGUUCGAACCAAUCAGUCGAAUAGCUGUUGUCAAAUGUUUGGGACCACGUUUAGUUUUAUUCUUUAAAACAUUUGCUUUAUUCUAUGUUCUUUAUCCGAAAUAUGAGUCGACUGUGGGUUAUUGUGUUUUCAAAUGCGCACCUAUUUUAUCACUUGUUGCAUUUGUUUAUAUGUAUGGGGUUAAGAUACCAAACAAUCAAGCCUAUUCUUUAAAAAUUUUUCUUGGUCUUCUAUUCUCUUGUCUAGGCGAUGCAUUUUUGGUAUGGCCUAGUCUUCUUAUUCCUGGCAUGGCUAUGUUUGCCAUUACACAUAUAUUAUACAUUUACGCAUUUGGUUUUCAACGUUUAAAACUAUCUAUAUUGUUCAUUUUACUGCCAAUACUUCUCUGUGUAUGUGUUUCUGUAAAAGAAGGACUAGACGGUAUCAAUACACUUGUUAUUCCAGCUUAUGGAUUAAUAUUAGUAAUUAUGGUAUGGCGUGCAUUAGCCCAAUUAACUAAACAUGAAUAUUCUAUACCAUGGACAUGUAUAGCUUCUGCCGUUGGUGGAUUACUAUUUGGUGUAUCUGAUACUAUAUUGGGAAUUUGUUUAUUCUCUAGCGAUAUAUCGUCAUUUAAAUGUAAUUUAAUUUUACCAACGUAUUAUGCUGGUCAGUUGUUGAUUUCUGUAUCUGUUGUUGAUAGCCAUUUAACAUCAAUAAAAACGAGUCCAUAUCAUGAAGAUAAAAAGCAGUAG